AUGGUCAGAGUCGCUAUCAAUGGUUUCGGUAGAAUCGGUAGAUUGGUCUUGAGAAUUGCUUUGUCUAGACCAAACGUCGAAGUUGUUGCCAUCAACGAUCCAUUCAUCUCCGUUGACUAUGCUGCUUACAUGUUCAAGUACGACUCCACUCACGGUAGAUUUGCCGGUGAAGUUUCUCACGAUGAAAACAGUUUGAUCAUCGACGGUAAGAAGGUCUUGGUCUUCCAAGAAAGAGACCCAGCUACCUUGCCAUGGGGUGAACACAACGUCGACAUUGCUAUCGACUCCACUGGUGUCUUCAAGGAAUUAGACUCUGCUCAAAAGCACAUUGAUGCCGGUGCCAAGAAGGUUGUCAUCACUGCUCCAUCUUCUACUGCUCCAAUGUUCGUCGUUGGUGUUAACGAAGACAAGUACAACGGUGAAACCAUUGUUUCCAACGCUUCUUGUACUACCAACUGUUUGGCUCCAUUGGCCAAGGUUGUUAACAACGCUUUCGGUAUCGAAGAAGGUUUGAUGUCCACCAUCCACUCCAUCACCGCUACCCAAAAGACUGUUGAUGGUCCAUCCCAAAAGGACUGGAGAGGUGGUAGAACCGCUUCCGGUAACAUCAUUCCAUCCUCUACUGGUGCUGCUAAGGCUGUCGGUAAGGUCUUGCCAGAAUUGCAAGGUAAGUUGACCGGUAUGGCUUUCAGAGUCCCAACCGUCGAUGUCUCCGUUGUUGACUUGACUGUCAAGUUGGCCAAGGAAGCUACCUACGAUGAAAUCAAGGCUGUCAUCAAGAAGGCCUCUGAAAACGAAUUGAAGGGUAUCUUGGGUUACACUGAAGAUGCUGUUGUCUCCUCUGACUUCUUGGGUGACACCAACUCUUCCAUCUUCGAUGCUGCUGCCGGUAUCCAAUUGUCUCCAAAGUUCGUUAAGUUGGUUACCUGGUACGACAACGAAUACGGUUACUCUACCAGAGUCGUCGAUUUGGUCGAACUUGUUGCUAAGAACUAA